AUGAAAAACAGAGCUUUUCACGCUGGUAUUAAGCAAUCUCCUUAUGAGGCACUUUUUGGGUGUAAAGUAAAAGUUGGUUUACAGUUACCCAAUGAUUUCACGCAAAAUGUAGAAACUGAAGAAGAUUUGGAGAAAAUUAUACAGGACCUUACCAAAAAGGAAGAAGAUCCCGAAGUCACUGCAUGUGAAUUCUCUAAGCUUGCACCCUCCAAUGCAGCGUCUGUUCACAAGAAACUACAGAGGGUCAUACAUGUGAAUAUGGAUGUGCAAUCCAGGCUAUUUGCGCUGUUGCUGAAGAAUCAUGUGAUGAAGGAUUUGGAUCUAGUUUUCUGUCUAUUAUGUUCAAAAAAAUAUAAAGUACAUGAUAAUCGUCAAAGUGCUAAGAAAAACUUACAACAACAGGCUGAAAAAAUGAUGAAAUCGAGUGAAAAGAAGUUUGCUCCUGUACCUAUUGGCACUUCUGUACGAAUUGCAGUUCCAGAGGUUGACAGAGGACGUGGUGAUGCCCGAAAUAUUAUAGGUGUAGUUUUGGCUAAAUCCGAUGAUGAGCUUUAUCAAAUUGGUACCAAGAACGGAAUCUUAAAACAAUCAUAUUCUCGAUCUCAGAUUAAUGUGUGUCCAAGAGCUCUUCUUGAUGCAGAGGAUGUACCGAGUACGGAGAUAGCACUACGGUCAGUUGCUAGCCUACAAUCCUCUGGAACCGGCCAGGGAUUUAAAAAGUGCCAUUGCAAGAAAAACUGA